GCGGGAACUUCUAGCUAGCUAGUCAGGUAUGUUUACAGUUAGCUAACAAGCCGUGUAUAUCAAAUUUGUAGAUACAAAGAUAGUAUACCAGUUGGACAAGGCAGUCACCAUGGCUGCUCCCCCAGUGGAGUACACCAUAGGAGGGGUGAAGAUACAGUUCCCUUGUAAAGCCUACCCCUCGCAGCUGGCCAUGAUGAACUCUAUAGUGCGAGGGCUGAAUCAUGGACAGCACUGUCUAUUGGAGAGCCCUACAGGGAGUGGCAAGAGCCUAGCCCUGCUCUGCUCUGCCCUGGCCUGGCAGCAGGCACAAUAUGGUAAGCUUGAACAGGACGGCAGCAGUCCUACAGAGGGUAAGAAGCCAGCUGUCACCACCCCCUGUCAGUGUGCCUGUCAUAGCAAACCCGCCAGUGUCCCAGACAACAGGCCCAAAGCACUAGCCACUGUGGUGGUGGACCUCACAGGCUCACCGGAGGUAGUGAUGGCACAGAGCUCAUCUUCUCCCACAGACCCAGUGCCCCCACCACCAGAGGAGUACAAGCCCAAGUCUCUAGCCUCUCGUCUGUCUGACAAGGUCCAGACCUCCCUCACCUCCGAGGAUGAUGACUUCCAGCCUGAUAGGAAACGCAUCCGCACCCCUGCCAUGGAGCAGAAGGGUCGUAAGAGGAGAUGCUUGGAGCAGGGAGUGGUGUUUAUAGAUGAUGAGCCAGAAGGAGAGCGGCCAGUGCCUGGAGCACAGACCUGGACUGUGGAGCUGAGUACCCAGGCACAGACUAUAGACCUGCCCCUUGAUAGAAACUGCUGUUCCCCCGUGGUUUCCUGCUCUCUCUGCCCCUGUGCCUCGUCAAAAGGCGGCCAGAAUGGAGCCGCGGGGAAGUCUUCGAAGGAGAAGGACAAAGAGGGCAAGAAGAAACAAGUCCCCAAGAUCUUCUUCGGCACGCGCACCCACAAACAGAUCACUCAGAUCGCCCACGAGAUGAAGCGUACGCUCUACUCCUCCGCCCCCAUGACCAUCCUGUCCAGUAGGGACCACACCUGUGUUCACCCAGAGGUGGUGCCUCAUUCCAACCGCAACGAACGCUGCAAGGAACUGCUGGAAGCCAAGAAUGGCGUGUCGUGCCGCUUCAAAAACGGCGUGCACAAGAUGCAGGACCAGAACACACUGCAGUGGGUCCAUGGUCUCCACCAGGCCUGGGACAUAGAGGACCUGGUUCGGCUGGGGGGCCGGCUGAGGGCCUGCUCCUACUACGCUGCCAGGGACCUCAUGCAGGAAGCCUGUAUCGUCUUCUGUCCCUACAACUACCUACUGGARCCCCUCAUCAGGGAGAGCAUGCAGAUCAACCUGAAGGGUCAGAUCGUGGUUCUGGAUGAGGCCCACAACAUAGAGGACUGUGCCAGGGAGAGUGCCAGCUACACCCUGAACAAACCCCAGCUGCUGUCUGCCCGGGAGGAGCUGGACGGCAUGGUGACCCAUAACAUCAGACGCUCCAACCACGAACCCCUACGUGCCUUCUGCUGCUCCCUGCUCAACUGGAUGCAGGAGAGCUGCAGUGUUCUGGCUGAAAGGGAGUAUGAGAUGUCUUGUAAGGUGUGGAACGGCAAGGAGGUUCUGGGACUCUUCCACACCAUGGGCAUCACUGCUGACACUUUUGCCAUGCUGCAGAAACACCUGGCAGCGGUGUUGGAGAAGGAGGAGCGAGUUGGGCUGGUGAACGGGAAAGAGGACACAGUGGAGGUCCCCACCAUCAGCUCAGCCAGCUCCUCUGUCCUCAAGAGUCUCUUCAUGGUGCUGGACUUCCUCUACAGGGAUAAGAGCAGGUUUGCAGAGGACUACCGCGUGGCGCUGCAGCAGUCCUACACCUGGACCACUGCUCCAGAUGUGCCAGAUGCUCAGGGCUUCUUCGCCAGGCCCAACCGCCGACGCCACAGUGCCAAGACCAAGACCCUCGUACACACACUCAGCUUCUGGUGCCUCAACCCUGCUGUGGCAUUCUCAGACCUUUCGGACAGUGUUCACAGCAUCGUGCUGACCUCAGGCACAUUGUCUCCUAUGGGAUCCUUCUCCUCAGAGCUGGGGGUCAAGUUCUCUAUCCAGCUAGAGGCCAGCCACGUCAUCAGCAAGUCACAGGUYUGGGUGGGUACGCUGGGCUCUGGGCCCCAGGGGAGGAAGCUGUGUGCCACCUUCCAGCAUGCUGAGACCUAUGCCUUCCAGGAUGAGGUGGGAGCCCUGCUGCUCAGGGUCUGCCAGGCCGUUGGAAGGGGAGUGCUUUGCUUUUUGCCCUCCUACAAGAUGCUUGACAAGCUGUGUGACCGCUUGACCAACACAGGGCUGUGGGAGAAGCUGGAGGAGAGGAAGACUGUGAUCACAGAGCCCAGAGGAGGAGGGAAGGGAGACUUUGAUGAGCUGCUGCAGAUGUACUAUGAUGCCAUCAGAAUCAGUGGAGAGUUUGCACGGGACAGAGCUCUGCUGAUGGCUGUGUGUAGAGGGAAGGUGAGUGAAGGACUGGACUUCACAGACAACAACGCCAGAGCAGUGGUCACCGUUGGCAUCCCCUUCCCCAACAUCAAGGACCUGCAGGUGGAGCUGAAGAUGAAGUAUAAUGACCAGCACUGUAAAGCCAGGGGUCUGCUGUCAGGCUCCCGCUGGUAUGAGAUCCAGGCCUACAGAGCCCUCAACCAGGCCCUAGGCAGGUGUAUCAGACACAAGAAUGACUGGGGAGCCCUCAUUCUGGUAGACGACAGGUUUGGAAACAACCCCAACAAAUACAUCUCAGGUCUGUCCAAGUGGGUGCGUAACCUGGUCAGGCACCACGACACUUUCAGCGGUGCCAUGCAGUCGCUGGUGGCCUUCUCCCAGUGCCAACAGGGGGCAGGAGAGACCCAUGGAGCAGGGAGCCAGACCUUCAACAGCACCACCUUCCUGUCUCCAGCCAGUCAAUCUCCAGUGACUGUGGAAGAUCUGUCCCACUGUCGGCCCAGUCCUAGCCCCAGCUCAGACUGCCUUCUCUGGGCCACGGUUCACAACACUACCACCUCUCAGGUCCCAGAGCCCCACACCCAGCUACAGGGGUUCAGGUCCUGGGUUCCCCCUACGGUCCCACCUGCUCUGUGGCCUCUCCCCACCACCAGCACUGGAAAGAGUAGAAACAGAGGUGACCAGAAGCAGACAUGGCAACACCCCUCCACUCAUCCGAACAGUGAUCCCAAGGCCCCGCCCCCGAACAUCUCCACUCCCCUCACCACCCCACGGCCCCUGCACCACCUCUUCACCUCCACCCCUGUGAGCUCCACCUACUUCAAGACCCCAAUCUUCCAGGCCCAGAACCCAAGCAGGCGUCAAGAUCAUCUGGAUGACCCGCCACGGCCUCACUCUGUGGAGGAGGAGAAGAAGAACCAGGAGAAUGUAAGUCAGGAUCCCUGGAUCCCCUUCCCAGGAGGGAUGGCCCGUGAGGGGCUGGAUGGAUCGGCAUCUACCCCUCCCAGCCAGGACCAGGGUCCGGUUCUAGACCUCUCCCCAGUGGAGGUCCCUGCCAGUUGUGAGCCCAGACAGACCACUGUAGUUGUUGACGAUCCCACCCUGCUAGAGGAAGAGGAAGACCAGAGCAUCUUCUUCACACCUGAGAUGUUUGAUGACGAAGAGGAGGUGGUGGACACCAAGCCUCUCCCCAGGACAGUGCAGGGGAUGAUGACAGGGGAGGAAACUGUGCUUGCGUCCAGCCUUGCUCUCUCUACCGGAACAGCCCAGGCUCUGUCUGAGGACCUGUUUGGCCCAGAGCAGGGUCCCAGGGAAGACACAGAGACAGUCACUACCACUGAUAACAAGAGGGGCGGCGCUCUCGCUCCCUCGGCCAGUAGAGACUGUGUCAGUUUGGGAUGGGAACAGGACAGGCAGGAGGGGAGUAGGAUAGGGAGUGGUGACGAGGCCCAACAGACCCAGAGACAGGAGGUGAACCAGGGGGCGACCCAAGGCCAGAGCAGGCAGACAGGCAGCAGGACACACAGACUGUCCAGGUCCAGACAGAAAGCUCCAGAGCCAUCCUCAGGUAAACUAACCAGCUACUUCUUUGUUGUCCCUCAGGUUAUAACCAUAGACAACUAGACACCAGGUUAUAACUGUAGAUGAUUAGGCACCAGGGCCCGUAUUCACAAAGGGUCUCAGUAGGAGUGCUGAUCUAGAAUCAGUUAUUCAUUUCAGAUAAUAAUUAUUCAAAUUAAAUGGACAGGGGAGAUAUGAUCCUAGAUCAGCACUCCAACUGAACUCUUUAUGGACACGGGCCCAGGUUUUACCCAUAAACUAUGGUUAUAAAUAUAGAUAACUAGACACACCAAAACGCUCAGUAAAGCCAGUUAGUUCUCAGAUCAUGUCUCAUUAUCUGGCGUGACAGCAUAACUGGGUUGACUCGUCUGACCGACAUUAUCUGUUUAAACAGUCUGGAGCUAACGAACUUCUCACAAAUUGCCAUGUUAACGUGCAGUCUUAUAUUUUUGUACACAUCAUUAAAAUGCAUGAAAAUGUCUUUAUUUUCAUGUAAACGCGAUGGAAGCAUUGUCCUGUUAUGUGUUUUAAUGAGGUGUGUUAUUUGGAGUGAGGAGAGGAGUGGGGGAAUGCAGCAUGCCUGACUUCACACAGAUAGACAUCUUGCAUUUUUACAAAGUUACUGUACAAUCUUUUCAUAAAUUAAUUAUCUGAUGUAAACUAGAAGGGAGGUGGGGUGAGGUGGGAUGUGUGUUCAAUGACUUGGGGGAAACACACAAGGCCUUUCCAGCAACACAAGAAACCUCAGAAAUACCAUCAUUCAUCUUGAGAACAUCUCCAGGGUGACUACAUAUAUAUAUAUAUAUAUAUAUAUAUAUCAAUAAAUAAUGAUUGUGGCCAUCUGUUAUGGAAAAUGGAUGAAUAAAAUCAUGUUGGCAGGUUUGUGUGGUGUCAAAUUGAUGUAGAAGAGUGCAGAUGGGUAGUUUGAACCAUCAAUAUAGCACCUUGUAUUGGCUUUACUUUGCCAGUUACCAUGUUAUUUGCCCAAUAGUACCAAAAAUACGUUUUAUCUUCCUAUCAGAAGGUAAAGCCGAUGAAGAAUUAUAAAUGCUGUAUUUUUUUAUUUUUAGUCUCAGUUGUUAAACUGUAGUUGUUUUUAUGUUAAUAUUUGAUUAGUAGUUGGACCUGUUUGUCUUUGCUAUAGUGGUGGUCAUUUUCUCUAUUUCUUCAUUCCGGCUUGCAGGUUACUAUUGUAUUUGAUGUGAUAUUAUGGCUUUCAUUAAACCUUGGUAAAUAAAUAUUUAUUGACCUGU